UCCAAAUAUGGAGAGUUCUUCAAUUGUAUCUUCAGAAAAAGGUUUGAGGAAAGGUGCCUGGGCUGAAGAAGAAGAUCAACUUCUUAGGAAAUGUAUCUUAAAGUACGGUGAAGGAAAAUGGCGUCAAGUUCCUAUUAGAGCAGGGCUAAAUCGAUGUCGGAAAAGCUGUAGAUUGAGGUGGUUGAACUAUCUACAACCAAACAUUAAAAGAGGAGAGUUUAAGGAAGAUGAAGUGGACCUCAUCAUCAGAAUGCAUAAGCUUCUUGGUAACAGAUGGUCAUUAAUUGCUGGUAGACUUCCUGGAAGAACAGCAAACGACAUCAAGAAUUACUACAACACUCACUUGAAAAAAACUUGUUUCUCUAGAAACAAUACCGAGAAAGGAAAACAAGUUGCCGUGACCAAGAAAUCAGCAGGUCAUGAUAAUACUGCUUAUCGUGAUGGCCAGGACCAUGAACACCGGAAGAUUCUAAAACGCAGGCGCCUGUCCCCUAAUAUUAGUACUAUAGAUCAUAUCGAUGAUAAACAUAUGAGAACCGAAGUCUUAAGACCUCAACCUCGAACCUUCAAGAAAUCUCAGUGGAAUAUGAAUAAUGUGCCAACAACAACAACAGGGGUGAAUAAUAACAUCACUACAACAACAACUAGAUUUCCUAAGAAUUCACAAGUUGUUAGCAAAAAUGCUACUAACUGUUUGCCAUUAUUAUUCGACGACCUGUUCUCAAAUGAUCAACAAAUUAAUGAUAAUAGUACUAGUUGGUUGAAAAAUAUGUUGUUCGGUGAAACUGAAGAAGAAGAAAAUUCAACGACGAAGAAGAAGAAAAAGAAGCCAAAGAAAAAGAAACGAGUUACUUCUAAUAACAACGCCUCAUCAAAAUUUGAAAGUAAUACGGCCAAAGGUGUUGAGGAAGGGAUUGCAAAGGAUAAAGAUGGCGGUAGUGACAAUCAACAUGCUUACUACUGUAGUUUCAAUGACGGUAAAGGGUUAGAAGAAGGCGGUGCUGGCAACAAUGACAACUUCUGGAACAAUUAUCUUGAUGACAAUUUGUGGCAUAUGUUAGGGGAAGAGCAAGAGGAGUAUUUAAUGAUAUAAUUAAGGGUAAUGCAACAAGUAUUAUUAAUUAUGUAAUCAAUUAGCUUAAUUAAUUACUCCUAAUAACUAAGCAUUUAAG